AGUAGUGGUAAUAUCAGUAGUAGUAGUGGUAAUAUCAGUAGCAGUAGUAGUAGUAGUGGUAAUAUCAGUAGUAGUAGUAGUAGUAGUAGUAGUAGUAGUAGUAGUAGUAGUAGUAGUAGUAGUAGCAGUAGCAGUAGUAGUAGUAGUGGUAAUAUCAGUAGUAGUAGUAGUAGUAGUAGUAGUAGUAGUAGUAGUAGUAGUAGUAGUAGUAGUAGUGGUGGUAAUAUCAGUAGUAGUAGUGGUAAUAUCAGUAGUAGUAGUAGUAGUAGUAGUAGUGGUGGUAAUAUCAGUAGUAGUAGUGGUAAUAUCAGUAGUAGUAGUAGUAGUAGUGGUGGUAAUAUCAGUAGUAGUAGUAGUAGUAGUGGUAAUAUCAGUAGCAGUAGUAGUGGUGGUAAUAUCAGUAGUAGUAGUAGUAGUAGCAGUAGUAGUAGUGGUAAUAUCAGUAGCAGUAGUAGUAGUGGUAAUAUCAGUAGUAGUAGUAGUAGUAGUAGUAGUGGUAAUAUCAGUAGUAGUAGUGGUAAUAUCAGUAGUAGUAGUAGUAGUAGUAGUGGUGGUAAUAUCAGUAGUAGUAGUAGUAGUAGUGGUGGUAAUAUCAGUAGUAGUAGUAGUAGUAGUAGUAGUAGUAGUAGUGGUAAUAUCAGUAGUAGUAGUAGUAGUAGUAGUAGUAGUAGUAGUGGUAAUAUCAGUAGCAGUAGUAGCAGUAGUAGUAGUAGUAGUAGUAGUAGUGGUAAUAUCAGUAGUAGUAGUAGUAGUAGUGGUAAUAUCAGUAGCAGUAGUAGUAGUGGUAAUAUCAGUAGUAGUAGUAGUAGUAGUAGUAGUGGUAAUAUCAGUAGUAGUAGUGGUAAUAUCAGUAGUAGUAGUAGUAGUAGUAGUAGUAGUAGUAGUAGUGGUGGUGGUAAUAUCAGUAGUAGUAGUAGUAGUAGUAGUAGUGGUAAUAUCAGUAGUAGUAGUAGUAGUAGUGGUGGUAAUAUCAGUAGCAGUAGUAGUAGUGGUAAUAUCAGUAGUAGUAGUAGUAGUGGUGGUAAUAUCAGUAGUAGUAGUAGUGGUAAUAUCAGUAGCAGUAGUAGUAGUAGUGGUAAUAUCAGUAGUAGUAGUAGUAGUAGUAGUAGUAGUAGUAGUAGUGGUGGUGGUAAUAUCAGUAGUAGUAGUGGUAAUAUCAGUAGUAGUAGUAGUAGUAGUAGUAGUAGUGGUGGUAAUAUCAGUAGUAGUAGUGGUAAUAUCAGUAGUAGUAGUAGUAGUAGUAGUGGUGGUAAUAUCAGUAGUAGUAGUAGUAGUAGUAGUGGUAAUAUCAGUAGCAGUAGUAGUGGUGGUAAUAUCAGUAGUAGUAGUAGUAGCAGUAGUAGUAGUAGUGGUAAUAUCAGUAGCAGUAGUAGUAGUGGUAAUAUCAGUAGUAGUAGUAGUAGUAGUAGUAGUGGUAAUAUCAGUAGUAGUAGUGGUAAUAUCAGUAGUAGUAGUAGUAGUAGUAGUGGUGGUAAUAUCAGUAGUAGUAGUGGUAAUAUCAGUAGUAGUAGUAGUAGUAGUAGUAGUAGUGGUGGUAAUAUCAGUAGUAGUAGUAGUAGUAGUAGUAGUAGUAGUAGUAGUAGUAGUGGUAAUAUCAGUAGUAGUAGUAGUAGUAGUAGUAGUGGUAAUAUCAGUAGCAGUAGUAGUAGUAGUGGUGGUGGUAAUAUCAGUAGUAGUAGUAGUGGUGGUGGUAAUAUCAGUAGUAGUAGUAGUAGUAGUAGUGGUAAUAUCAGUAGCAGUAGUAGUAGUAGUAGUGGUAAUAUCAGUAGUAGUAGUGGUAAUAUCAGUAGUAGUAGUGGUAAUAUCAGUAGUAGUAGUAGUAGUAGUAGUGGUGGUAAUAUCAGUAGUAGUAGUAGUAGUAGUAGUAGUGGUGGUAAUAUCAGUAGUAGUAGUAGUAGUAGUAGUGGUGGUAAUAUCAGUAGUAGUAGUAGUGGUAAUAUCAGUAGUAGUAGUAGUAGUGGUGGUAAUAUCAGUAGUAGUAGUAGUAGUAGUAGUAGUGGUAAUAUCAGUAGUAGUAGUGGUAAUAUCAGUAGUAGUAGUAGUAGUGGUGGUAAUAUCAGUAGUAGUAGUAGUAGUAGUAGUAGUAGUAGUAGUAGUAGUAGUGGUGGUAAUAUCAGUAGUAGUAGUAGUAGUAGUAGUAGUGGUAAUAUCAGUAGCAGUAGUAGUAGUAGUAGUGGUGGUAAUAUCAGUAGCAGUAGUAGUAGUAGUAGUGGUGGUAAUAUCAGUAGUAGUAGUGGUAGUAGUAGUAGUAGUGGUAAUAUCAGUAGCAGUAGUAGUAGUAGUAGUAGUAGUAGUGGUAAUAUCAGUAGCAGUAGUAGUAGUAGUAGUGGUGGUAAUAUCAGUAGUAGUAGUGGUAAUAUCAGUAGUAGUAGUAGUAGUGGUGGUAAUAUCAGUAGUAGUAGUGGUAAUAUCAGUAGUAGUAGUGGUAAUAUCAGUAGUAGUAGUAGUAGUGGUAAUAUCAGUAGCAGCAGUAGUAGUAGUAGUAGUGGUGGUAAUAUUAGUAGUAGUAGUAGUAGUAGUAGUAGUAGUAGUAGUAGUAGUGGUAAUAUCAGUAGCAGUAGUAGUAGUAGUAGUGGUGGUAAUAUCAGUAGUAGUAGUCACAGACUCUUUGACCCCAAGAAGGAAGAGGAAGAGAAGGAGAAGCCUUCUUCCCAACUUGGCCCUACACUGUCACAGGCCAUGGAGGAGGAGGAUCAGCAGCCUCCGGCCCCCACAACACCACUCCCAGCAACUAAACAGGGUGAUAAUUCUAUGGCUGAUCUUGCAGCAUGCAGUGCUACUGCCAUGGAUGCCUCUGAGGAGAAUAUUGCAGCUGAAGGUUCAGGAGUUACGGUUGGACAACAUGCCAGUAACUAUCAACAAAACUAUAAGCAAGAUAAUUGCAAACAUGAAAAAAAAAAUAAAAGCAUCAAAGAGAUCCAUGCAUGGCUCAAGGAAAGUGGCAUUAUAGUCACUUUAGAAACUGUGCGCUAUCAUGCUUUCGAGAGAACGCCCAGAUUUGCAUUUCCUACAAAAUGCACAUGGAGAGCGCAAGAAAUUGUGGAGGAACUAACUCGUGAGGAUGAUGAGCGUACUGCUUUGCAAAUAAAACAAAUUCUCCAUUCCAAGUAUGACCUGGACAAAUCAAUCGCCAGCAUUAGAAGGAUGGAUCAUGGAUAA